AAACAGUAACAGAAAAAAAUACUGUAAAAUCAAGAAUCUGAAGAAACAAAAACAAAUGAUCAGAAGAAGAAGAACAGAACGAGAGAAAGAAGAAGAAGGAGAGCUAUUGCUUCAUAUUUCUCUUUCCGUGUCUUCUACAAAUGGGUUUUCCUUACUUUCCUCUCUCUCUUCUCUUUAGUUUUCUGCAACUUUUGUUGAUUGUUAAUGGAAGAAAUCUAUCUGAGUCUUCUUCUACCCCGAUCAAUCAGGAUCUAUACCAUUCCAGUGAUGCUUUGGAGGAACAAAUCAGAGAUUUAGUGAGUCGUCACCCUAAUAAAUUGAGAAUAGAAACAAUUAAGACCCAGAAUCAGGGUUAUUUGGCAGAGAUAUCAGUAGUUACUUACAGCCACUCCAACAACGAAAUUGAUAACAAAUCGAAGUUCCGGAUACUUCUUAGUUUUGGACAGCAUGGAAGGGAACUUAUCACUACAGAACUCGCUUUACGCCUAUUGUCCAUCUUAAGUGAAGAGCAGCGGAUCCCAAACAGUGAUCCAGUUUUCUUAAACCGUACGCUUGAUAAUCUUGUGAUUAAGGUGGUACCUAUGGAGAAUUUGAACGGACGUAAACUUGUUGAAGCUGGGGAUCUUUGUGAGAGGAGAAAUGGAAGGGGAGUUGAUCUGAACCGAAAUUGGAGUGUAGACUGGGGUAAAAAGGAGAAGGACUACGAUCCAUAUGAAGAGAAUCCAGGAAGUGGUCCUUUUAGUGAGCCAGAGACCCAAAUAAUGCGAAAAAUCUCCCAAUCAUUUGAUCCACAUGUGUGGAUUAAUGUGCACUCUGGAAUGGAGGCUCUCUUCAUGCCAUACGAUCAUAGGAACACAACCCCGCACGGAUUGGCAUCCCAUGCUAUGAGGUCACUACUCGAAAACUUGAAUGACCUUCACUGCCAGGGGCGAUGCUUAGUUGGAUCUGGUGGCGGCUCUGUGGGGUAUCUUGCACAUGGGACUGCGACAGAUUACAUGUAUGAAGUUACCAAGGUGCCCAUGACGUUCACCUUUGAGAUCUAUGGAGACACAGAUGCCUCGUCGAAAGACUGCUUUAAAAUGUUCAAUCCCACUGAUACCAUAACCUUCAAUAGAGUCCUGAACGAUUGGUGUGGUGCAUUCUUCACGAUUUUCAAAACGGCCAAGUGGAGGUUGGAUGAAACUUACUCGAACGCAUCCAUUGAGAAUGUGGGGAAAUUAGAAUCUAUAAAUGAAUAUUUAGAAGGGUAUUUGAUGGAGAGAAGCAGUAGAUAUGGCAAGAGGACGGAAGUCCUUGAGUUAGGAAUGCAAGAAAUAAGAACGUACUUUAGAUUGUUUCUAUUAUCAUCAGUUCUAUUAAUGUUCAUGUUCUGUUCUAGAAUUUCUAAGAGCAAGUGUCCUUCUAUCAGACCACUUGUAUAAGCAGUGUCCCUUAGAGCUGUGUUACUGCUACCUUAUAAAUGUCGUCAAAGAUUUGUAUCAAGCUGAAGACAGCAGCAACCAUCACAAAGAGAAGGUAUAGAUAGAGAAAGUGAGUGUAGUUUACCAGAUCAUUCUUAAUUUGCUGAUUAGAUUGCGUCUUCCAUAUCAUUCUUCAUUGUGUUAACUAUACACCCAACUGUGUAUAAUGGAAAUUUCUUUAUGAUUCUUCA